AUCUAUGUUCUUUCCUGUUAGAUUGAAGCUUCAGAUCAUGUAAAUCGCGCUCUCAUCAUCAGUUCUUUCAUUUCUCCGCUUCGGAUUGGAGUAGCAUAGAGAUCAUGAACGAAGAGCAACGCGAUCUCCUUCUUGGCUCAUCUGAUCGCGUCCCACCUCCUCAAGGAGUUAGGCUAUCAUAUGGAACCGCAGGUUUUAGGGAGGAUGCAUCGGUACUUCGUUCGAUGUUGUAUAGGAUGGGAAUUUUGGCGGCUUUGAGAGCUUUGAAAACCAAUGCCGUGAUCGGGUCGAUGAUCACGGCCUCUCACAACAAAGAAUCAGAUAAUGGGGUAAAAAUUGCGGACUCGAAUGGUGGGAUGCUCAACCAAGAGUGGCAGCCCUUUGCCGAAGCCCUCGCAAAUGCGUCCUCCUCGCACGAUCUCUUUCAAUUAAUCAAUGGAUUGGCGGAGAAGGAAAAUAUCUUAUUAGAUGGAUCAAAAUCAGCUCAAAUUCUGGUGGCAAGAGAUACGAGGCCAAGUGGAGAAGCCCUACUUGAUGCUGCAAAACAUGGAAUUGGCUCAAUCAUUGGGGCCGUAGCUCAAGAUAUGGGAAUUUUGACGACUCCUCAAUUACAUUGGAUGGUUCAUGUUCGAAAUCGAGGCUUGAAAGCUUCAGGCGAACUUGAUUACUUCAAUAAGCCUUCAGGCCCAUUCACGUGCUCGUUGAAUUUGAGCCCAAAUAACAGUGAGCUGAGUGGUUGGGAUCACAAAUUGGUUGUUGAUGGAGCUAAUGGUGUCGGUGGACAGAAGUUAAAACUUUUGAAGGAAAGCUUGAAUGGCUUGGCUAUUGAGAUUCGUAGUUCAGGAAAUGGAGAAGGUGUACUCAAUGAAGGAGUAGGUGCUGAUUUUGUUCAGAAAGAGAAGAUUGUUCCACGAAACUUUGGUUCGCUAGAUGUUGGGAUCAGGUGUGCUAGUUUCGAUGGAGAUGCUGACCGACUCGUAUAUUUUACCGUGCCAUCGGGAAUUACCAAUAAGAUCAAUCUUGUUGAUGGGGACAAAAUAUUAUCUUUAUUUGCCAUAUUCAUCAAGGAACAGUUUACGAUUGUGGCAGCAAGGAGUGAAGCCACCAAAAUUGAUUUUCAGCUCUGCCUUGGUGUUGUCCAAACUGCUUAUGCGAAUGGAUCCUCGACUCGGUAUCUUAAAGAGUUGGAACUGGAAGUAGUAUUCACUCCAACCGGAGUAAAGUACUUGCAUGAGAAAGCUGCUGAAUUUGAUAUUGGCAUCCAUUUUGAAGCAAAUUGUCAUGGGACUGUCUUGUUCUCAGAUUACUGCAUUUCAAUGUUAUAUCCCAUUCAUUUGGAGCUCUCCAAUGUAUCUAAUGGUUCGGAAUCGGAAAAGGCAGCCUUCAGAUUACUGGCAGUCAGCAAAUUGAUCAAUCAAGCUGUGGGAGAUGCCCUGAGUGGCUUGCUCCUAGUUGAGGCUAUUCUACAGCACAAACAUUGGUCGAUAUGUGACUGGAAUGAGCUCUAUCGGGACCUACCGAGUAGGCAGCUCAAGUAGGCCAGAUUGUAAGACUGUGGUAGCAUGCAUGUUCUUUGUGGCUUCCGUACGUGUGAGAUUCCAUAUCGAUUGAGGAGGAGAACGGAACAUUUUUUACAAGGGUGUGGAAACCUCUUCCUAGCAGACGUGUUUUAAAAUA